AUGUCAGACCACAGCAACGGCGCCCACAAAGGCGACGGCUUCGUCGAGACCCCGGGCGAGACCAUCGACCGCUUCCGCUCCGCCGCGAGCGUCUCCAUGACGCCGGAGCUCUUCGAGAAGCUCUACCUCUCGCCGCAGAGCGCCGUCAAGGGCGACCUGCGCAGGACCUUUGCCAACCCGACGCCAAUUGCGGUCGCUGGGUUUAUCCUCUGCUUGUCGCCGCUGGCGUGCGACCUCAUGGGCUGGCGCGGCGCGGGCGGCAACGGCGCCGCGAGCAUUCCGGUCUAUUACUUUCAAGGCGGUAUCCUCAUGACGCUUGGCGCGCUGCUUGAGUGGAUUCUCGGCAACACCUUCUCCGCCGUCGUCUUCGGCACCUUUGGCACCUUCUGGCUCUCCUUCGCCGGCACGCUCUCGCCCUCCUUCGCCGCCUUCUCCUCCUACGCGCCCCCCGAUGCGCCCGCCGCGGCCGGCCUCGAAACUACCGGCUUCAACGCCAGCUACGGCACAAGCUGGUCGUCGUGCGGCGCGGGCGCGGCGAGCUUCGUGUGCUCGUCGCUCGGGUGGUACCUCUUCUUCGCGCUGCUCUUCGCGGCCGUCGACUUUCCGGUCCAGCUGCCAGUCGGGGACCUGACCACGCUGGUCAAGGGGCACAGCGAGAAGAACAAGAUGGCCCCGUCACUUCUAAUAGACGGCAUCGCUGAGCUGGCCAACCUCGAUGUCGUCGCCGCUCUCGACCCCACCCUCCACCCCGAAGUCUACACGAACGACAUCUCCCGCACCUCGGGCGUGCGGAAAGCUGGCGGCGGCACGAUGGGACGGUGGCGACUGGUUCGAGGGCCUUCCAAGAGGGCUGGGGAACGCGCGUCUUGCGAGGCGGGACGCGCUGGGUGUCAGCUACAGGCCGCGGACGGGACCGCGGCCGUUAGACGGGCAGGGGGACACGCCGGGGCUUCCGUCGCAGGAGGAGAGGGUAGCUUAGAUUAA